AUGCCCAUUCGGCCAUGGAUGCGCAUAUUCGAAGGCAUUGGUCGGCGCGGUGUCCGUCUAAGCUGCUCGAUAACAGACAGAUUCAACACAGUGCUUCGUAAAACUGUCGCAUUUGCAGCCAUUAGUAUCUGCGGUGCAUACGCAGCACAAGUUGUCUAUCCGUCGCGCUUCUUAGGCAGUAGCCCCUUCCCAGCUAUUGCGUGCUGCAAAGAAGCCGUGCAGAAUGAGGAACAUGGAAACCAUUCAACCUACGCACCGUCUGGGUGUAACCCCCAAGACCACCACCAACAGGAAGCUGCGGAAUCCAACGCCAAAGAUUCUUUACAGAAUCUGGAAUUAACACCUGCAGCCGAGGCAAGAAUACGGCUCGAAAUAUCGCAGUACGACGUAGUACUAUUCAUGAAGGGGACCGCCUCAAAACCAGCGUGCAAAUUCAGCAGACAUGCGCUCGACAUAUUAAAGGCGUCGAGGGUACCGACCAUACGCACGGUGAACGUGCUCGAAGACCCGGAGCUCCGGGCUGGCAUAAAGUGCUUCUCCGAGUACCCGUACAUACCACAGCUCUAUGUGCGAGGGGUGUUCAUCGGAGGACUAGAGAAGAUAAUCGCAAUGCAUGAGGAUGGAUCCCUGAAGAAGUGUAUGGAAGGUUAG